AUGGCAAAUCCUCGGCCAGGAACCAUCCUCAAACUUCUGCUGGUAUUCGCGGGGGCAAUUCUUGCCUGGCAUCGCGAUAAGAGCAUCACAGGUGUCUUUGAAUCAGUAGUGGUGGUGAUUGUUGUUAUCGUUGUUGGGCUGGUAGAGGAUCUGAUAUUCCCUAACUUGUUUCCGACUGACCUCCAGGGUUACUUCAUACUUCUCCCGGGCCGUCGUGUCGAGCUUCGUCUCGCUACUUCCUCAUCCUCUCUCGUCGGACUUGUUAUCGUCCGUCGUCUGACAACGCUAGAGCUGGAGCGAGCUAGCGGCCGCGCACGAAAACCGCUUUUUUCAAUUUCGUUCGCAUCCCGCUCCUCCUCUCCUCAAAAGACACGACAACUUGAUUGUAAGGAUACCAAUUCAUCGUUGGUUAGGUACGUUCUACGCCAGCUGCUCUCCACGGAACAUUGGAAACUGACUCUUGCACAGGCAAUCAUGCAAAUCUUCGUGAAGACCCUGACGGGCAAGACUAUCACCCUUGAGGUGGAGUCCUCCGAUACCAUUGAUAAUGUCAAGUCGAAGAUCCAGGACAAGGAAGGAAUCCCUCCCGAUCAGCAACGCCUGAUCUUCGCCGGCAAGCAACUUGAAGACGGCCGUACCCUCUCGGACUACAACAUCCAAAAGGAGUCAACCCUUCAUCUCGUCCUCCGUCUCCGUGGAGGUAUGGCCAAGAAGCGUAAGAAGAAGGUUUACACCACCCCAAAGAAGAUCAAGCACAAGCGCAAGAAGACCAAGUUGGCGGUUCUCAAGUACUACAAGGUCGAUGGUGAUGGAACGAUCGAGCGUCUUCGCCGAGAGUGCCCCACUCCCGACUGCGGUGCCGGUGUGUUCAUGGCUGCCAUGCACGACAGACAAUACUGCGGUCGCUGCCACUUGACCUACAUCUUCGAAGAUGCCGGAAAGUAA